UCGGAGAUCAGCGCAGAUCUCUCUUAGUAGAGAGUAGUAAAGGUGUCUUUAUCUGUCUUUACCUCGAUUUUAUAGCUGAGUAUUCACUCACAUAAAAUACAUUUCUUUAUAAUAUUUAUAAAAAGAAGAAAAAAAUGUGGAAAGUUGUAUUUCGUGGAAUUCGAGAAACAUUGGAGCGACGAGUUUGUCGCACCAACGUUUAUUCGCAGUCAUCGCAAGAUAAUGCGAAGAACGAAGUCAAAACAAGCCUGACGUGCCAACAAAAAUUUCUUCCACCAGUUUUUAUCACUUAUGAUAAAGGUUUUUGCGGAUCGACUAAAAAUGCCGGUGCUAAGAACAACAGACGUGAUUCUGAUUGGAAUACCAAGCACAGUUGGACAGAAGCUGUUGGCUGGUCUAGUGUACUAGCAGCUGGAUGGGUUGUAUGCCAAACACUUUGUCUCCGCAAUAGAAUCUUUAACAGAGAUAGCGCUGAGACCUUGAAAAACAAAUUGCAUGAUUACUCUGGAGUUUCAUUUAUACUUACGCAAUUAUUAAAUUUACAUCCAAGACAAAUCUUGCCAGUUACCAAUUGUGUCGGUACUAGCAAAAAAAUCUCUAACCUGCAGGAUUCAAACUCACAAUGGACUGCAGAAAAACCAUUUGGUCCUAUCACCAUUGAAGAGGCAUUCAAAGAAGCUUCUGAUGAAUUUACAAAAACUCAUAAUAUAGUAAUAGGAGAAUAUGAACUUCGUUUUGGUAUUAAAGCUUUAGAAGAAAAACGUUAUGCAGAUGCUUUAAUACAUUUCUCUGCGGGUGCUAAAUUAUCAUCUCCCGGAAGCAUGUUCAAUUUAGGUCUAUGUUACGAAUUAGGCAUUGGAACUUUGGCAGACCAAGCAAAGGCUGCAAAAUAUUACAAUGAUGCCGCGGCCCAUGAUCAUGCCGAUGCAUUAUAUAAUUUGGGAGUUUUUCAUGCCCAAGGAAGGGGCGGUUUAUCAAUUGAUAUUGAUAUUGCGCGCACUUAUUUCACCAGAGCAGCAAAAUUGGGUCAGAUACAAGCGCAACAUGCACUUGAUUUAGAAAAAGCUGAAACUCAAUCGAAAAAAAAUAUUUCUACUCUAUCGAACAUAAACUUAAAGAAUUUAGAUUCAAAGAAAAAUGAAGAAAAUGAUGCACACAUUAAAUUAAGCGAUCUCAUGUUAUUAAAAAAUGUUGGGGACACAUUCGGUAUAGUCACAAAAUCCAAUGAAGUAUUUUUAGAUUUUCUCGGUUUAAAAAAGUCUAAUCAAGCACCCAUUAUGAUAACUACAAGUGAUUGUCGCGUGCCAUAUUAA